UCUACUACUAAAUUACUAAUACCAUACACAUCACCUUCCACUUUCUUCUAUAUUCUUAUCCAAUUUAGUUAUUCAAUAUUCACUCUCUUAUUUAUAACCUUACCUUCAAAAACUCUUCACUAUCAUCUUUCUCAUUAAGCUCUCAAAAACUAAACUAUCAUCUUUCUCAUUAAAUUCUCAAAGUCUGUUAUGGAGUUGAUUUCAGGUUUACCGGAAGAUAUAGCACGAGACUGUAUGGUUCGAAUUUCGUACCAUCAGUUUCCGGCUGUAGCGUCUGUGAGCAAAGGAUGGAAAACGGAGAUUCAGAUGCCGGAGUUUCGUCGGUUAAGGAAGCGUACGGGACACGCACAGAAAAUCCUUGUCACGGUUCAGUCCAAGUUCGAUUCAGAAAAAAGUAAAACCGGUUUACUCGGAAAGGCGAUGACCAUGACGAACCCGGUUUAUAAGCUGAGUGUAUUGGAAACUGAAACCGGUGUUUGGAGCGAGUUACCAUUAGGACCCGAGUUAUGUGACGGGUUACCAUUAUUCUGUCAAAUAGCUGGUGUCGGGUAUGAUUUAGUUGUUAUGGGCGGGUGGGCUCCUGAUUCGUGGAAAGCUUCGAAUUCGGUUUUUAUUUAUAACUUUUUAUCAGGUGAGUGGCGCCGUGGGGCUGAUAUGCCUGGUGGGCCCCGCACAUUCUUUUCUUGUGCGUCGGAUCAAGAUCGUAUGGUCUACGUGGCAGGAGGACAUGAUGAGGAAAAAAAUGCGUUAAAGUCAGCUUUUGCUUAUGACGUGGUAAAUGACACGUGGAUCACGCUUCCUGACAUGGCAAGGGAACGAGACGAAUGUAAAAUUGUGUUUUGUCUUGGAACAACGGACUCCGGGAGAGUUAGGGUUGUCGGGGGAUAUCGUACGGAGAUGCAAGGACGAUUCGAGCGGAGUGCGGAGGAGUUUGAUGUUGCGACGUGGAAGUGGGGUCCAGUGAUGGAGGAGUUUUUAGUUGAUGCAAUGUGUCCGAGAACUUGCGUGGAUCGUUGUGAUGUGGAUCGUUGUGAUGUGGAGGGGAGAAUGUAUAUGUGUAAAGGUGGUGACGUGGUGGUAUUGGAAAGUGACACGUGGAAGAAUGUGGCGAAGGUGCCAAGUGAAAUAAAAAACGUUGCGUGUAUUGGAGCUUGUGAUGGAUCGUUGUUGUUGAUUGGGUCAAGUGGGCUUGGUAAGCCUUGUAUGGGAUUUAUAUUGGGCCUAAAAAGUGGUAUUUGGACUAAAUUUGAAAACUCAGAAAACUUUUCUGGGCAUGUUCAAUCUGGUUGCCUUUUGGAGAUUUAGUUUUGUUUUAUGAUAUAUAUAUAUAUCAAUGUAAAUAGGAUGAACAUUUUUGUUUUCUUUAGUUAGGAUACAUAGCUCUGAAAUUUUGAGAAAUUUUACCACUUCUAUGUUCUUCUAUAAGUAUAACGACUUGUGUGUGUACAAAGUUUUUCUUAAAGUAAAGUUUACAUUAUUUCUUGUCUCACCGUUGAUCAAGUAAAGUG